UUGACAGAAACAGCUGCGUAUCUAUUUACAUCUCAUUUAUCUUUUAAAUAUAUAAGAAUACAUAUUUAUUUUUCAAUUAUUCAAUUUAGAGGAAGUCACAUAGGCUUUUGGAGGUCUGAGAUAAAGUCUAACAAUAACUGAGGACAAGAAAAUGGAAAACAGUUCAGAUGCAGAAGGUGGUCCUCUGUAUGAAUACAGUGAGGAAUAUGAUGAAGUAUGUUACAAAGAAACUGUGGCCAAAGUUGGAUCCAUUGCAGUCCCUUUAUUCUUUUCCAUUGUGGUCCUCCUCAGUCUCGCUGGUAACAUACUGGUUCUCGUCAUUCUUGGCCUCUACGAGAACUUCAGAUCUUUGACCAACAUCUUCAUCAUCAACUUGGCUGUCUCUGACCUGAUGUUCACUCUGGGGCUUCCAUUUUGGUCCUCUUACUUCAUCUGGGGCUGGACCUUUGGUGAUGCUGUGUGCAAAGGGGUCAAUUUUGUCUUCUCAGCUGGAUAUUACAGUAGCAUCGUGUUCCUGAUGCUGAUGACCAUUCAGCGCUAUGCAGCAGUGGUCCAUCCUAUGUCUAAAUGGGAGGGAGGAAAGCAGUUUGCAGCUGUUCCCAUCCUUGCUUGGGUGGUGAGCAUUUCUGCAGCAGUACCAGCUGUACUGCUCAGUAAAGUCAUGGCUGACCCAGAAGACCCUAACAAACUUUACUGCGAGUAUAACAGCAUGAAAGCCACCGUCGCUGUUACAUAUGAGCAGAAUAUUUUUUUUCUAAGUGCUUUUUUAGUAAUAGGUUUUUGCUACAUAAGAAUUCUUCAGACUGUCCUUAACUCCAGAGCAAGGAAAAGACACAGGACCAUAAGACUCAUCUUCUGCAUCGUGGCGGUCUUUUUUAUCGGCUGGGCUCCUUAUAACAUUGUGAUAUUUCUACAGACACUCACUUACCAUCAGAUUGACCCUUUCAGGGAAUGUUAUGUCACUGAUAGUUUAGAAUAUGCCGAUUAUGCCUGCAGACUGCUCGCUUUUUCCCACUGCUGUCUCAAUCCAGUAUUUUACGUUUUUGUUAGUGUAAAAUUCCAAAAUUAUUUGAAGAUGAUUGUACAAAAACUUUUCCAUGGGCAAAGCAACACGGACCUCCAUCAGCCACGAAAUGCGCCAGUUCCGUGUUCUCAGGGCUCCAUGUACUGAUACGGAGACAACCACUGUCAGACUCUGUGUAUAUAUGAGUGUCUGAGUAAAUGUUAGAAAUAAUCUGAAAUAUAUUUUUACUUUUAGUGCAAUAAAUCAACAAGCUCAUGAUACAGCAGUAACAGAGAUGGACAGCUACAAAUCAAACUGGAAGGUUUGAAAACCUUUGAAAAGAGUGAUAAAUGUCAGCUUUUUGUUGCUUUUUGUACAUAAAUAACUGUGUGCAUAAAUAUUUGACUUGGGAAAAUAGAAUGAUAAAUCCUAUAAUAAUCUCUAAAACAUGCUACAUAACAAAACGACUUAUGAGAACUUCAUUCUGUAGCUUUACGUACUGCAUACAUUUCAUUUUUCUUGUGGACUCUGACACUUAAGACCACAGGAGAUCAGACCACUUAGAACAUUAGAGAAGUAUCAAACCACAGUGCAUGACAAUAGCCUUCAUCUGACAUGAGUCAAGAAUGCAUACUUUAUUUAGCUUAGGUACCCCACCCCAUGGGGAACAUGGUUCUAUAUGCCAUCACACCUUGUACUCAAUAGCAAUGAUAGAAUAUGAAAAAGCAGUCAAUAAGCAAUAAGAGCUGGCGAUGUGAGUGAAGUGAUGAGCUGGAACUGAACGCUGCUGCUAUGGCCUACCAAUGGGAGCAAAGGAUGAUGGUGCUCAACUUACUUAACUGAUAUGAUUUUGUUUGUUUAAUGAAUUAUUUGGUCCUAGCACACAAGCGCUGUGUCCGAAACCACAUACUACCAUAAUAAUUAGGGACACAGCACCUCUGCGCCAAACCUUUAAAAUUCUUUUUUUUGUGCCAUCUGUCAAUAAAUUAUCAGUAUUUGUUUAGCUCACGUUGAAAACUCACGUUUUUGCUUCUCGGAACUAAAAUGCCACCAAAAGCUUCGAAACAACCGAAAGAAUCUCUGCAGUUGGCUACAGGCAUGGAGGACUCCAUUAGCCGCGAAGCUAGCCAAGCAAUUAGCGACUAGGCUCUGCCUCUGGUCUGGGAAAAAGUGUCUAACAAGAUCUUGAAGACAAUAAAUGAGAGGUUUGAUAAGUUUGAACUGUCCUUACAAACUUUGCAAACCACGCUACAGACAGUCACGGAGAAGAUGAACGCCGCUGAGGAGCAAAUUCAAGAACACGAGGUUCACAUUAGCUUACUUGAAACGGCAUUGACGGAGACCCAGAGGAAGAACGAACACCUCAGGUUAAAACUCAGCGACUUGGAGGGCCGGUCACGCCGUAAUAACAUCAAAAUAGUCUGAGUUUCCAUAAGGAGAGGAAAAGGGAAAGCCAACGGACUUUGUCGCCGGUCUACUCCCCAAGUUGCUUGGAGCUACGCACUUCGCGGGCCCAUCGUGUGCUCCAGCCCAAACCCCCAGAAGGAGCAAAACCCCGCACGAUUAUCGCUCGUGUUCAUUUCAUUUCACUAGACACUUGGUGUCCAAAUAUAUUGUUGCAUUAUUGCAUUCAGACAAUACUACCCCCCUAAAGGUAGGGUGGGCCUAUGAGUUGGGUGCUGCAAUUUCUGACGAUAUGUGGGAGGAAAGUUUGUCCAGUAUUCAUCGUUGCUCAGUGAACUCCAGGUAUAGACUCAUACAGUUUAAAGUAUUACACAGGUUUUACUUUUCUAAAACCAGAUUGAACAAAAUCUACUCCUCUGUCUCUCCUUUGUGUGAUUGUUGUCAAAUCUCUGAAGGUUCCUUGUCUCACUUAAUCUGGUCCUGCCCUGUGUUGCAUGACUAUUGGGUUCAUAUCUUUCAUUGGUUCUCUGAAGCAUUCAAGGUGGACAUUGUCCCAGAUUACAAACUUGCUACCUUUGGUUAUUUUGACAGUUCUGUUUCUUUUUCAUUUGCACAAAAGCAAGCUCUUUUGACGGGUAUGGUUGCAGCUAAAAAAUACUUUUAUCUUAGAAAUCCCAGUGGCACCAUGCUUUAAGAGGUGGUUAAAUGAGAUGUUAUUCAUUAUACAAAUGGAUCGGUUACAUUGCAAUGACGGUAAAUCAUAUAAACGCUUCCAGAGUGUUUGGGGACUGGUUUUGAAUAGUCUGGAAGGGUCCUAGUCUGAUACCAGUGCCAGUCUGAAAUUGGAUAUAUUCCAGUUUGAUCUAUUGUCAUUUAGUCUUUGUAAUGCUUGAACUCGACAGCCUGUAUUUUAUUUUUUAUUUUAUUUUAUUUUUUAAAUUCUUUCCCUUUUUUUGUUCUUGAUGCUUUGGUGCUAGUUACUAUUUCUGAUUGCGUAUUGUCACUAUUAGCAUGGGUUGUGUU